GCGGGAGCGGGAGCGCGCCGGCUAUAAAGGGGUGGCUGGGCCACUGCUGGGAAGGCGAGGGGGUUGAGGGUGCGCGCUGCGGCCCGGCCGCCUGGGGAUGGGGGGGAGCACGCGGAGCCCAAGGGUCCUGCAAGGGGACAACGCUUCCGGCCAGUCACCGUAUGAGAGGUUAAGUCGGAGGAUGCUGGACAUUUCGGGGGACCGGGGCGUGCUGAAGGACGUCAUCCGAGAGGGUGCUGGAGAGCUGGUGACCCCGGACGCUUCCGUGCUAGUGAAAUAUUCUGGAUAUCUGGAGCACAUGGAUAAGCCUUUUGAUUCUAAUUGCUUUAGGAAAACCCCCCGGCUGAUGAAACUUGGAGAGGAUAUUACCCUCUGGGGCAUGGAGUUGGGCCUUCUAAGCAUGCGGAGAGGAGAGCUGGCCAGGUUUCUGUUCAAACCAACCUAUGCCUAUGGAACGCUGGGCUGCCCUCCCUUGAUCCCCCCAAACACCACUGUCCUAUUCGAGAUUGAGCUGCUUGACUUCCUGGACUCUGCUGAGUCAGACAAGUUUUGUGCCCUUUCAGCUGAGCAACAAGAUCAAUUUCCACUUCAGAAGGUCCUAAAAGUGGCAGCUACUGAACGGGAGUUUGGCAACUACCUUUUCCGCCAAAAUCGUUUCUAUGAUGCCAAAGUGAGAUAUAAACGGGCCUUGUUGCUUCUUCACCGACGAUCAGCUCCUCCUGAAGAGCAGCACCUGGUGGAAGCAGCUAAGCUUCUUGUUCUCCUUAACCUAUCCUUUACAUACCUGAGGCUGGAGAGACCCACCACGGCUCUGCGCUAUGGAGAACAGGCUCUGCUCAUUGACCAGAAGAAUGCUAAGGCCCUCUUCCGGUGUGGACAGGCCUGUCUUUUCAUGACUGAGUAUGAGAAGGCCCGAGAUUUUCUAGUGCGAGCCCAGAAGGAACAACCCUUCAAUCAUGAUAUCAAUAAUGAACUGAAGAAACUGGCUAGUUACUACAGGGACUACACAGAUAAAGAAAAAGAAAUGUGUCACCGAAUGUUCACUCCUAAUGAUAACGGCUCUACAGUAGGAGAAAAUUGAAGGUUAAUAGGCAGCUUGAUGCCUGAGAGGGAAGAGUGCAGGGGACUUCUGGACUUGAGAAGAAAGCAAACGGAGAGCCCGAGACCCCCGUGAAGAGGGGUACAAUGAGCCUGAGCACAACCUUGUGGACUUGUGGAUAGGAAGGGCUCCCCAGCCAGGUGGGCUAAGGUGGCCAGCUUUACCCAGGCUCCAGGCACCGGUCCACAGGUGCUCCUGUUCCUGUGGACUAGAGCUCAGGGAGUGCAGUUACCUGUGGGAGGGGCCUCAUCCAACCUUUCUGGUGUUUGAAUUUUGUAUUUCCUUGAUUACUUGGGAAGUAUCUCCUCAUUUGCUUAUUGUUUAUUUACAUUUCUCACAACUUACAAGAAACAUCUGUGUCCUUCUAGUAGUUUUAGAGUUCUUUUUUAUGUUUAGAGUUUUAAAACUAUUGGUAGUUUAUUUCCAUCCUUAACUUGAAGUAGGGAUCUAGAUCUUUAUUUUGUAUUCAAAUAUCUAAAUAGUUGUACUAAAUGCCUGACUGGCUUGGUCAGUAGUGUGCAACUCUUGGUUGCAGGGUUGUGGGUUCGAGCUCCACUUGGAUGUAGAUUUUUGUUUUCUAAGAUUUUAUUUUAAAUAAAGUAAAUAAGAUUUUGUACCAAAAUUUCUGUUUAUGGACUUAAAAUGCCACCUCUGAUACCUGGAACAAAGGGCUCACAUCUAUACCGGGUAAAUUAACUCCUUCACUUUAACGAUAGAAUGAUUCUUGCUUGUUUGUAUAACUAACAGCAUUAGUAGUGGAAUGACUAGAUAUGCUCCAUGGGUGCUCCGAUGAGUUUCCCUCUCCCCUGACUGACUCUAGGGUUUGAGCUCUGUCUUGAUUCACCAGUAGGUUCUGGGCCUGAACAUUGCAAGGCCUGCUGGGCCCUGAGCUGGGUAGAAGUUGCAAGUGAUCAGAGGGAUUAUCAAAUUGGCUUUGGUCCCAGGAAUGGACAUUUCUCAGUGUGAUUGCAUCAGAGAUCCUUAAGAUAUUAUUGCCAGCAUGCUGUUUCUCCAGGACUUUGCUUGGGUUUGGACAGGAAAGUGCUUUUGAUGUUUCUGCCCUCAUGCGUCCUGUGUGGUCAUUCCCCCAUCCUCUCCUUGUCUAGAUGCCUAGGAGAGUACAGCAAAUGCUUCCCACAUCGGUGGCCAUGGGCAGGGGGCCUCAUUAUAGUCAGGCAUAGGAAUGGACUGUUGACUGGAGCCCACAUGUGGCCUGUCCAGUACAAUGGCCUUAGAAUGGUUGCACUUGCAUGGCAGCUUGGGUUCAUGGAGGAAUAAAUGGGAUGUGAGAUGCUGCCCAACAGAAAGUGAAGCUGCCAGUCUCCAAAGGCCCAUACCAGGAACCUGGCACUGCCUUGCAGCUGCCACCUUGGUGUGUUGGACAGAGCAGGCUGAGAGCCCAGGUGAGAAGGGACUGCUUUCUCCUCAGGGCUGUUCUUAUGCCCCUACCAUCUCUUCCCCACAAAACAGCUAGAAUAACCUUUCUUUUCUUAAAAAGUUGUUUUCUCUGCUCAGAACCUCUGAUGGCUUCCCAAUGUGCUCAAAGUAAAACCUAAAAGUCCUGCCUGAUGCUUCUGUGGCCCCAGUGACUUGGCACCUUGCUGCCACUCCAGUGUCGUGGUCUACCUUUCCUCCCCUUGUGCACUCCACCCAAGCCACACUGGCUUUCUGAGGUUUCUCAUUUGCUCUAAUCAUGUUUCUGACUCCUGGCCUUUGUGUCAGUAUUCUAUAGCCUGGAAAGCCCUUCUCCUGCCUGUUCAUGGAGUUCCAUCUCCUUAAAUUGGCCCCUCAGAGAGAUCUUUGCGUUACCUCAUGUUAAAAACCUGUAUCAUUCUGUACCCCCAUGGCCUGCUUAUUUUUUUAUAGUACUUCUAUUUUUGUGUUUUAUUUAUCCCACUAAAAAUGAGUUCCAUCGGAGUGGUGACUUUAAGAUUUAUAAGUUGAAUUUUACUGGCACCAUAUUUUUCUGUACUUUGUAAUAAAGGCCAGCCAACAAAGGCUUAACCACUGGAGUGCCAUAGUAUUUAUAGCGACAAAAAGCAUUCUGUAGAUUUAAAUGAGAAACAACAUACACAGCUUGAGGAGGAAGCCUUAUUAACCUUCCUCCUCCCGCCCUGGACUGUACCCACCUCCUGCUGCUGCUGGGGGGGGGGGGGUGCAGGGGGGCGGAGCCUGGGCAUUGAGAGGAAUGGCACAGGCAAGUUUCUCCUCCUCUCAGAAACUGCUGUUCUGCCUGAAGGGAAUGAAAUGUUUGUACUCGCACAUCAUCUGCAUUCUCCAUUGCUGGGAAUGCCCACCAGCCUCCCAGCCCUUCGUGUACCAGCAUUUUGCGGCUCUAGGACCAGUGUUUGGCUCCAGGGAAUCAGGGAGGAGGGGUGCUAGGCAGGCAGAGACUGCAGAACCAUCAGUAGGUUGUUACUGUAGCAUCCAUCAGGUGCCCUCCUUCAGAUGACCUUCACACUCACCUUGCAGCAGUUUUGGGAGGUAUUGUUGUGCACAUUGUAAAGAUGAGGAAACGAAGGAGCACAGAGUGGAGGUGUGGUGGUACUCAAGGAUUGAACUGUAGUCCCCUGGUGCUGGAUAAACUACCACACCAUUUCUCCACAUCAGUGUGUGUGUUGUCUGUCUGGCAGUGUGAUGCCAGGUGUACCAUGGAGCUGCCCGUGAAAGGUUUGUCCCGGCUCCUGGUUUGGUUGCAUUCCGAGUGGGUUGUGCCACCCCAGUGUGUACGACAGGUGUUUGUGGUCGCUGGUUAAAAAGCAGCUGCUUCUCUAUCGGCUUUUUUCCCAUCUGUAAAUGGCUAAGGAAGUGUCACUCCUUGGGGAACAGUUGAGAAAUCCAAUAAGUAAAGCUCUACCUGCAUUCAAAAAUUAGUCUUUUGAGGCCUCCUCUGAAAAAUGAAGUUGAGCUGGAUGAUCUUAGAAUCCUUUCUGUUCUGAUCUUCUGAGACUGUCCUGUAUUAUUGAUUUGAAGUUUCAGGGCCACCAUGUUAACCCAGAACCCACCCAGUAGGGGCUGCACAACCAUGGGAUCUGUCCCCCAAACUCUCCUAGGGUCAUCAUUGCAGACCCAGGGCUGGCUCUGGUGCUCUAACCUGUGGCUGCAGGCACAUAUGGAACAUCCAGAUUAUGAUUGCUCUACAUUGGGCAGCUGUGUCCUGGUAUGUUUCUAACUGCUGUGUUUGAUCCUAGAUUCUUCAGCUAAACUACAGACAAGAGCGGCCAGGCUGCUGGAGUUCUCUGUCAGUGGGGCUAGGGGGCUUUCUGGAAAGAACUCCCCAGUGCAUGCUAUUGUGGGGACACGCCUGGAAGUUGGAGCUGGAAUUCCACAGCCCUGGGCCGUUGCCUCAUCUCUGACUGACGCUGCUGAAAUGUGUUUUCACAGGUGCUGUUUUCUGUUUCACGUUUUCAUACACAGAGUAGGGGAAAGUGUAGCUACUGACAAGUAGAAAAAUGCUAUUUUUUUAAAGGCAGUUUUUUUUUUUUUCUUUUUUUAAAUGGAAUUAGUCCUUGGCUUUUCUCCCAGUCCCAGCCCCCUUUCCGGCUGUUAAUGUCCCUGGGUAAAUACAAAUAGAGAUUACUUUGUUUAUUUUAUAGGGUUUUCUGUUUUAGAGAGAGAAUUAUGUUACACAUGUUUCUGUUGUAAAUAAAUAAAACCUUUUCCUGUCCUUGCAA